AUGCCUGCUCCAAAUCUGUCCCUCAAGUCCUUCAAGAAGAACCUUGACACAGCUCAGGCUGCAUUAGGCCGUCAAAUUGUUGAGACCGGCCUUAGUCGUCAGGCUGAACACACAUCUAUAACCGGCUCUAUCAUCACACAUGAAGUUCUGCCUCUUCCUGCACCCCCACCACCUCUGCGCUAUGCAGACCCACUACCACAAGAGACGGAGAAAAUACCACCCCCAAAGAAGAAGGCAUCCGAGCAACUCCAAGAUUUUGUCGACGCCCUGCCCGAGCUACUCAAUGUUCUAAUGGACGACAACUCAAGCCCCUCGCUCAAUAUGCUGUGUCAGUGUGGAGCCAUUGGAGCUGUGCGCACCACUCUCUGUCGCGAAUGCUUCGGAUAUGAGCUCUCAUGUUCCGAAUGCUUUAUUCGACAGCAUUCACAGACACCUACUCACUGGGCCGAUGUUUGGAAUGCCACUGGCCAAUACUUUGUCCGUCAUGAUAUUUCCACACUACGAGAAAAAGGUUACGCUAUCCACCUCAGCCACAAUGGAAAUGUCUGUCCAAACCCCGCCUCUGAUACCGACAUCUUCUUCCACCUUAUAGAUGUUAACAGUGUUCAUCACACCAAGAUUCAAUUCUGUGGCUGCCCCGGUGCACUUGAGAGACCCUUUCAGCUCCUGAAACAUCGCCUUUUCCCUGCGACUUUGCGUCAGCCAAAGACAGCGUUCACCUUCCGGACUCUGAAGACAUUCCACAUUCUCCACCUUGAAUUGAAGGUUGCCGCAUAUGACUUUAUCAGGUCUCUUCGGCGACUCACAGAUAAUAUGUUUGCUCAUAAGAUCCCGGACCCUUACCCACAGUUUCGACUAGUUGUUCGAGUCUGGCGGCUCCUAACAGCCACAAAACGCCUCGGACAGGUCCACGGCAUUGACAUGCUCCUUCCAAAUCGCCCUGCAGGCAACCUGUCGGUCUAUUGCCCAGCGUGUCCAGAGCCAGAAGUCAACAUGGAGCCAAACUGGCAGAAAACCCUGAUUGAAUACCGUCAUCUAAACCAGACCCAACACACCCUUGACAGCAACCACCACGCCAACAAGUUCAUCAAGAACACUGAUCCAGACAAUGUUUCGCUGUUCGGUGGUAGGGCCUGCUUCCCUGAUGAUGCCAUCUUUCAGGCUUAUCUAAAAAGCCAACCCGCCAAUCUCCCAGAGAAAACCACAUGUUCAUAUCUCAACGCUGUCAACAAACAAAAUCGUAAGAAGUUUAACAACAUGGACAUUACUGGCAUCGUAAACGCCCAAUGUGGCCAUGUGUUCGUGAAGUCUAGCGUUGAUUUACAACUUGGGGAAAGGUUUGCCAACACUGACUAUGCACUUGCGAUGGCCAUCCGUCAAUAUACCGCCCAAAGUCAUGAUGCUGGCAGGUUCAAAUGCUCUUUUAUCACUAGCUGUGAUCACCUGAUUUCCUAUGACAUCUCCUGCGCCUACUGGGUCAACAUGGUCGACCGCUUCAAGCGAAAUUUCCCUGACCUUGUCGACACCAUCCGCCGUAUUCGUUUUCUUAUUCCCUUGGUGCACGUCCAGAACCACAAGGACAACUGUAUGUACCAGUUUUCGAGUGCAUACACUGAUGGCACGGGUCACUUUCACGGAGAGACUGCUGAGCACAUCUGGCCCGAGUUGAAUCAACUUGGUGCACAGACACGCCAGAUGAAUAACGGAAAUCGGCAGGAGACGCUCAGUGACCAUCAUAAUGACUGGAACUGGAAGAAGACCGCAAACCUUGGUAAGUUCUGGACUGUUACACAUCAUCUGCUCAUAUUUACACACUAUCUCAAGCUGCUACUCUCCGCCUGGAUCUUGACCACACACGGCUGCUUCUUAUGGAAAAACGAAAAGUGUUCCAGAGCCUCUGCGAUCUUUAUGCUGACAAAUGGCUUGAGUGGGAUAAACUUGACAGACAGCUUUGCACAGUCGGCACCGACAAAGAAAUCCAAUGCGUCUAUCGACAUAAUCAGAAGAAAGUUCCUUCCCAAUCACAUUUAUGAAAUGCUCAAGGCUGAGCUCAGUGCUAGCGAUCAGCAGGCAUACAACAAUACCACUUCUGGACUUCCAGGCCUUUUGAAUGAGGCACUCGAGAUCUUGAAAGAACAACGCGUCAUCCAAUCCUCCAAGCAAGAGCCGACCUCUCAGAAGACGUCAGAAAUCCAAGGACGCAGGGGCCGGCUAUGA